AUGGCUGGCAUGUCUCUUCAGUGUCGCAUGGAGAUUGAGGACAGUGCCUAUGGACUGGCAGACCUGGAUUUCUCCCUCGUUCAUCAAUACAUUCAACGUUUUAAUGAGGUAUCUGGAAACAUAUCAGCUGGUAUCCGGAGAAAAUCUAAGAUUCCUGGAGUCAUCAUCACACAGCAUGUAGCAAAUCUGCCAGAAGGAAAAAGCGCCCCAGAUUUCCAGUGUAAACCUCUCCCAGUGAGCGUCCAGGAAGGAAAAUUAGCCAUUUUUAAGGCCAUGGUGAAUGGGGAUCCAGCACCAGAAGUAUCAUGGAGAAGAACUAAAGGGAAUAUGUCAGACAAGGAGAAAUUUCAGAUGAAAUAUGAUGAGUCAACUGGAGAGCACAUAUUAGAGAUCCGCAAAGUGUCUGCGAUGGAGGCGGAUACAUACAAAUGCUACGCUAUGAACGAGUAUGGCAAAGCUGUCUGCUCUACAACAUUAACUGUCGAUGAGUCCUUGACAAAUCCAUCAGAUUUCAGAAAAUUGCUGAGGAGAAGUAAAGUAGAAACAGAAGAAGAAAACCAAACAAACACCGAAGAUGAGGGAACUAAUACGAGAUUCUGGGACGCCAUGAUGAAUGCUGACAGGAAAGACUACGAGCGCAUCUGUACUGAGUUUGGUGUUUCAGACUUACAUUCGAUUCUCAAGAGACUGGAGAAGAGGAAGAAGGAGAGAGCGCAAAACAAGUGCAAGCAAGAUGGUGUGAUUCCUUAUGAUGAGGAUGAAAGAGACAAACACUGCCCAACGAGCGGUGGGAGGACAAACGAUUCUGUUAUAAAGGGCCAGAUGCAAAAGGGCACAGGACCAAGUCAGCUGGAUGCUGAAAAGGCCAACUUCCUCGAUGUAAGGCUGAAUAAGUUGAAUGUUAAAGAGGUCAACUUCCUCGAUGCAGGGCUCACUCAACUGGAUGCUGAACAGAUAAACUUCCUUGGCACGGGGUUGAAUCAGAUGGAUGGUGAAGAUGUCAAACUCCUCCUCAAAGAGUUUAAACUUUCCAAUGUGGACUUCGCUGUCAAAAUUCAGGAAAUAAAUGCUGAAGUAGGAGAAGAUGCCCUCUUUGAAUGUGUCCUGACUCACCCACUGCCCAGAGUCACAUGGAUGCGUAAGGGCAACGUCCUGGAGGAUGGAGAAAAAUACAACAUAACUGUGUCAGACCACAAACUGAUCCACAAGCUGCUGAUCAGGGACUGCAAGCAGCAAGACAAAGGCAUCUACUCAGCUGUGGCUGGAAUUACAUCCUGCAAUGCCUGGCUGGUGGUGGAAGGUAAAACUAACCUCACGUCUGCUGAUAAGAAGAAAAAACGUAAAACUGCCGCAGCUGAUGGAGCAGAGACGGACCUUGAGAAAGUGGCCAAACAGCAGCAAAUAAAAAACCGAGAGGAGAUGGAGAAGAUUUUAGCGGCCAUAAAAGCAAAACACGAAGCAGAACAACUGACCGGAGAAAAGCCAUUAACUGCUUGUGGAAGAGAUAAUGAAAUAAUAGCAAUCACUGGACCGGGGAAAAACAGUGGAGCGGUAAAGGACAAGCCCGAUGCCGCAAAAGCCAGAGUCUCGUUUGAAGAACAAGGGGGCAGAGAGAAAGUUAAGAUGAAAAACUCUAAAGCAGAUGGCACAGUAUUGAAAUCGGAUGCAGAUGGCACAGUAUUGAAAUCGGAUGCAGAUGGCACAGUAUUGAAAUCGGAUGCAAAUGGCCCAGUAUUGAAAUCGGAUGCUUCAGGGUGUGUAACUUCUCCAGGAGAGCAACUGAUAGCAGAUGAACUGAAGAACAAAAAACACACCAAAUCUGGUCAAGAGGAUUUUGACAAGGUAACAGAUGCUAUUGAAGAAGGACACUCUGAAGAUAAUGAAGACUUCACUGGAUCAUCCAAUAAAUCAAAACGCAUCACCAAUGGUCAAGAGACUGAUCAUAGAGAAACAGAUCCCGGGGUUCAGUUCAUCUGUGGACUGUCUGAUGUCAGCGCUAUCAUCGGUGAGGCCGCUGAGCUAACAUGCAAGGUCAGCAGUGAAGACUGUGAGGGAGCCUGGUUCAGAGACGGCAAAAAGAUAUCCCCAGAUGACAAUUUCACAAUCACUAAAGAUGGCACGAUCCACAAAUUAAUCAUAACAACAUGCAAAGAAGAGCUCUCUGGGAAAUACCGCUUUGAGGCAGACAGCCGUAAAACAGAAGCAAUUAUCAACGUCCGAGAUCCCCCACGGUUUCACCCUGAAGACCUAUGUACUUUCAGUAAGCCUAUAACAGUUAAAGUGGGGCACAACGCCAUCUUUAAACUGAGUUUUGUUGGCUAUGAACCCAUAAAGAUUCAGUGGUACAAAGAGGGAGAAAAGCUCCAAGGUGACAACAAUACAAAGAUAGAGAAAUCUGUAAGUCACAGCCGCUUGCUGCUGAGCAGGUGCCAGAGAAAGGACACAGGAGAGAUCAAGAUUAAGCUGAAGAACGAACACGGCUUCAUUGAGGCGAUUUCACAGCUGAUUGUGCUCGACAAACCCACUUCACCCCUGGGUCCUGCAGAGGUAACAGAGAGCUCAGCUACAUGUAUUGAAUUUAGGUGGAGACCUCCAAAGGACGAUGGAGGUUCACCACUGAUUAACUACAUACUGGAGCGACAGCAGGUCGGACGAAACACCUGGAAGAAACUUGGGGAAAUUCCAGAUGUGCCCAGCUACCGUGACACAGAUGUGGACCGUGGCCGAAAAUAUUGUUAUCGUAUCCGAGCAGUGACUGCGGAGGGUGUAAGUGAAGUGAUGGAGACUGACGAUAUGCAAGCUGGCACACUCGCCUUCCCUGGCCCUCCAGCGCCUCCAAAGGUGGUCAGCGCCUAUGACGACUGCAUAAGCCUUUCCUGGGAUUCACCAAGUAAAACAGGAGGUUCACGUAUCCUGGGCUAUAUUUUGGAGAAGCGCAAGAAGGGGAGUAAUCUAUGGACUGUUGUCAAUGCUUUGGAUGAGCUAAUAAAAGGGAAGAAAUAUGAAGUGAAGGACGUUGUGGCAGGUAUGGCAUAUGAAUUCAGAGUCACUGCCAUAAACAUCUCGGGAGCUGGUGAAUGUAGCGACCCUUCUGAGUUUGUUUUUGCACGAGACCCUAAGAAGCCUCCUGGUAAAGUUACAGGCCUGAAGCUGACAGAAACUUCUUACACCCAUUUGGUCCUGGCCUGGACUAAACCUGAGGAAAAAACUGGUAUACAGGAUGAAGCUAAAGGAUAUUAUGUUGAGAUACGUCCAGCGGAUUGCAUUGAAUGGUCCCGCUGUAAUAGCACCCCCAUCAUUAUGACUUCCUUCAGGGUAAAAGGCCUUAAGUCCAUGGACAUGUACUGGGUGAGAGUGAUUGCAACUAAUGAUGGAGGAGAGAGUGUUCCCGAAGAAUUGGCCAAUUAUGUUAUUGCAAUGCCUUCUCCUGUGAGGCCAAAGUUCACAAACCACAGGAUGAAGAGUUUCUUAGUGGUGAAGGCGGGAAAUUCUGUCAGGAUCACGAUAAACUUUGAGGCCUUACCACGGCCAGUGAUUAUGUGGCUAAAGGACAACGUGCCAGUGACAAAGCGAGUAACCAUCAGUAACUCUGAUGGCUCAUCACAGCUGCUGAUCCCCUCCUCUGAGCGCUCUGAUUCAGGCAUAUACUCAAUUUUAGUGAAAAAUCUCGCAGGACAGGAGACAUUCAGUACAGAAGUCAGGGUUACAGAUGAUCCAAAGCCUCCUGGACCAGUAGAACUGGAGGAAAAUGUGCCUGGCACAGUCACAGUGAUCUGGGAACCUUCUCCUGAUGAGAAGCGUGAUGACCGCCUCCACUACACAGUGUCCAAACUGGACUCUACUAAACGCACAUGGUCCACAGUGGCUGACAGACUCUUCAAUAACAAGUUCACAGCCUGCAAUAUCAUGCAUGGGAGGGAAUAUCAUUUCCGGGUCUAUGCCAAAAAUGACAUGGGCAUAUCUGCACCCUCGGAGUCACCAACAUGGGGAACGGAGAGAAAGAAAGAAAAGUUUGUGGUGAGUUUACCAACCAGAAAGGACUGUGAUUUGCAAUGUGCUCCCACCUUCAUUGUACCUUUAAAGCUUCACACUGCACCGAAAGGCUAUGAAUGCUACAUGAGCUGUGCAGCGAAAGGAAAUCCCAAACCUCGUAUCACAUGGUAUCGAAAUCACAUCAGUAUAAACACUGAUACCAACUAUUACAUCUCCAACAUCUGUGGAGUUUGCUCCUUGUUAAUCCUUCGUGUGGGCCCCAAAGACAUGGGAGAGUAUACCAUCACUGCAGAGAAUGCCCUGGGACGGGCUGAAUGCUCCACUGUACUCAGUGUCAGAGCUGCAGUAAAAAAUAGCGCACAGAAGGCCACUGCCGGACGUGUAGUCUUUCCAUUAGAUGACAGCAGCGCACAUGGUGGCGGAGGAUCAGCCACUCCCGGUGGCAGCCAGGCGCCCCCACUCCUCCUCGCUCUUCCUGAAUGGACGAGCACGCUACCUACGGUCCACGCCUCCCUUUCUCUUCUCCUGCUCAACCUCAUCAUCAAGAACUCCCUGCAGCCUCUCGACAAUAUCAUGGGCAUGCAGAUGAAGAUAGUGAAAUUACAGGCUUCCCACGAAGAAAUGCGACAGUCAAGUGGUAAGCUGCACAUUUCCGAGAGUCUGGAGGCUCGCCUGAAUGGCCUGGAGGAGUCUUAUGCACUGGCGCAGAAACAGGUGGGCAUGGCCAUGGCCACAGCUGAGCAGCUCAAGACGUCUGACCUCCCCGCUCAGGUGCUGUCGCUCCACACUGAGAUGAAAGCCCGCCUGGAAGAGAUGCAGCAAGCCACAGUGUCUCUGGAGCAGCUGAGCCAGUUACAGACCAUGCUGAAGGAGAAGAAUGAGGAGUUUGAGGAUGUCAGGCUUCAGGUGGAGAGCCUGGCGAUCUUGAGUGCGGAACUGUCCCAGCAGGUUGAGGGCCUGACGGGUAGCCUGGGAGAAGCAGAAUCGAGGCUGGAGGAGAGAGUUGGGCAGGUUGCCACUCUCAGUGCCACCCUGGAGGGACAAGCUGCUGAGGUGCUCAGCCUGAAGGAGCAGCUGAACAGCUAUCAGGCUAACCUGGAGGCCAGCACGCUGGAGAUGGCUACUGUCAGAGAGUUGCUUGAGAAAGAACAGUCCCAGAGGCUCCAGCAGGCUGGUGUGGAGGAGCAGCUCAAUACGCUGGUGGAUGAAACUCAACCUUCUGCUGAGCCUGUGGAGACACAGGAAGAAACAGCUCCCGCUGCCGAAGAAGAGGCACCUGCAGCAACUGAAGAAGAGGCACUUGAUGCAGCUGUAGAAGAAGAGGCAAGUGAAGUGGAGGCAGCUGCAGAAGACGAAGCUCCUGUUGAGCAGGAGGACUCUGCACCAGAAGAAAUUGCUCCUGCAGAGGCAGUAGAGGCAGUAAAAGAGGAUGAGACCGAGCAACAUGAGUCACAGACGGAAGAAGAGGGACAAAAUGUAGAAGAGGAGAUGCCUCAUGAGGAGACGCAGACAGCAGAUGAAGAGGAGGCACCUGAAGAAGAGGAAGAGCAGGAAGAAGAAGAAGGAGUUGAGGAGGAGUCACCGGAGCAGGAGAAACUUAAUGUAGAGGAAGAGGUAUCGGAAGGGGAGGAAGAUCAGCAGGAUGUAGCAGCUGAAGACGAGAGCCAUUUUGAAGAGGAGACAGAGCCAUCUGAGUGGGAAGACGAAGAUAGAGAGGAGCUUUAAGAAGAUGAUGAAGAAAGCUGGAUAAUGCAUGUCACCAGAAAGGGAUUUUUUUCCACACCUGACAAACCCGCCAAGGAGAAGGGGAACUUUCUCAGGCUAAAGUCACAGUCUAUAAAUUGACAAAUACAAGGACAUUAUUGAUAGCUGUUGUUUGGGUGCAGUAUUAGUAAUGUGGUUGCUCUUUUGAAAGGCAGAGAUAUUCAGAAGAAUUCACUCACUAUGCUGGAGCUUAGGCUGAGUUAAAACCUGUACCUCAAAAUAUAAAAAGGCUGUGAAGUUAGGAAAUGAGUAUUUCAGGGUUUACCCAUCAAUAACAACCUCAAAAGCCUUAAUCCAGAAAAAAUGACUUGUCUUUCUAUAGAGCAUUUUCCACUUUUAAGAAGUCAACUUUUUUGUCAACAUUAGAUUCUGUACUUAAACUGGAAAACUUAAAAGCCAAUGACAUAACCUGUUUUAUUAAUGCACUUGAAGCCAUAAGUGAUGCCUAUCUUGGUGAUAUUAAAGUUUGUUUCAUU